UGAGAUUGAUGUCAGAAGAUUGUAAAGAUGUUACUAGCUUGGUUGAACAACCAGGUGAAUUACAUGUGAAAGGACCAAAUGUGUUUAAAGAAUAUUGGAAUAGACCUGAGGCUACUAAAAAGGAAUUUACUGAAGAUGGAUGGUUCAAAACAGGUGAUAUAGCCAUGAUAACAGCAAAAGAAAAGGUCUUCAAGAUCCUUGGUAGACAAAGUGUCGAUAUUAUUAAAAGUGGGUCAUAUAAACUUUCAGCUUUAGAGAUUGAAAAAGAAUUAUUAUUGCAUCCCGAUAUACAAGAAAUUUCUAUUGUAGGAGUUGAAGAUCCAGAAUGGGGACAAAAAAUUGGUGCGAUAGUUGUUUUAAAAAAUCAGGAAUCAAAAUUGGAUUUAAAACAAUUAAGAGAGUUUGCAAAAGAUAAUUUGGCACGUUAUAAAUUACCUACUUUAUUAAAAGUUAUAAAUGAGAUGCCAAAAAAUGCUAUGGGAAAAGUUAAUAAGAAGGAGUUGGUUAAGUUAUUUAAUGAUUAA